AUGAAUUUUUCAAUUGGAGGUGCUGGGAAUUGGGGUGAUAGUGGCCCUAACAAUCCUGGUGGCCAUGGCAAUAAGGGAAGAAAGAUCUACCAUCGUCACACUCCUUAUCAAAUAACACAACUCGAAGCAUUUUUCAAGGAGUGCCCACACCCAGAUGAAAACCAACGACGCCAACUAGGCAGGGAGCUCGGGCUUGAUCCUAAACAAAUCAAGUUUUGGUUUCAGAAUAAGCGGACUCAAACAAAGACUCAACAUGAGCGACAAGAUAACGCCAUGCUUCGAGCCGAAAAUGAGAGGAUGCAAUGUGAGAAUAUAGCAUUCAGAGAGGCACUCAAGAACUUGAUCUGUCCGUCCUGUGGGGGUCCACCCUGUGGGGAGCAACACCUUGACCGCCUGCACCAAGAGAAUGCCCAACUCAAACAAGAGUAUGAGAGAGUAUCAAACAUUCUUGCAAGGUGCAUUGGCAGGCCAAUAUCAGAACUGGAUUCUUCUGCUGAUGAUCCUUCCUCAGCCGGAUCUCCGCCGUCAUCGUCACCUGGAAAUUCCCUGAACCAAGGAAGUACUGGAAGUCCUAUAAGUCUUGAUAUGGACUUGGGUUCUGCCAUCACAGUUUCAGAUGAGAACAUGUUGCCAUCCUUAAUGGGAGAAGUCACAGACGUGGAAAAGGAUCUCAUGUUAGUGGCUGCUAAUAACGCCAUUGAUGAAUUACUCAAGCUGGUGCGUAUUGAGGAACCCUUAUGGAUCAAGACUGAGAUUGGUGGUGGCCAAUUCGUUCUUCACCGUGACAGCUAUGAAAAGCUAUCUCCUAGGGCUAAUCACUUCAGAUCUUCCAGUACUCGUGCAGAAGCAACCAAAGAUUCACGAAUGGUUUGGAUGAAUAGCAUGCAAUUGGUUGACAUGUUCCUAGAUCCGGUCAAGUGGGCCAAUCUUUUCCCGACAAUUGUUAGAAAAGCUGAAAUACUUGAAGUGCUUGAUGUUGGAUCAUCAUCAGCAAACCGAUCUGGAGCUUUGCAGCUGAUGUAUGAAGAGAUGCACACUCUUUCACCGUUGGUUCCUCCUCGUGAGUUCUGCUUCAUUCGUCACUGUCGACAAGUUGAUGUAGGUGUGUGGGCAAUAGCUGACGUGUCAUUCGAUUCCUUAAGAGACAACAUUCCUAUCUCUCGUACUUGGAAGUUCCCUUCUGGUUGCGUGAUUCAAGAGAUACCCAAUGGGUUCUCCCAGGUUACAUGGAUUGAGCAUGUGGAAGUGGAUGAUAAAACCCAUACACACAGGCUGUACAGAGAGCUUGUUUCAGGCAAUUAUCUUGCUUAUGGAGCAGAAAGAUGGGUGGUAACACUUCAAAGAAUGUGUGAGCGACUUGUAUUUGCCUUGGAUGAAUACACACCAGUCGAGGAAGCUCGAGAAGUGAUCAGUUCCGGAGAUGGGAGGAGGAGUAUAAUGGAGCUUGCGAAUCGGAUGGUGAGGGACUUCAGUGAAGUUCUGAACAUGUCAGGGAAGGAGUUCCCUCAUUUAUGUGAGGCAAGAAACAGUGGGAUUAGGGUUUCAGUUCGGAGGAACACAGAAGCGGGUCAGCCUGAUGGCAUGGUGGUCACUGCUUGUACCUCUCUCUGGCUUCCGGUUCUGCAUCAGACUGUGUUUGACUUCUUCACAGAUGCCAGAAGACGUUAUCAGUGGGACGUUCUGUCCAACGAAAAUCCAGAGCAUGAUGAAAUCGCACGCAUCUCCAAUGGAACUCAUCCUGGAAACUGUAUCAAAAUCAUCCGGGAGCAGCCCAUCAUCCCCGAUGAGAAGGAAAUGUUGAUUCUUCAAGAAACUUGCACUGAUGCCUUGGGAUCAAUGCUCGUGUAUGCUCCGAUCGACAUGCCACUGAUCAACCUGUGUGUGAGGGGAACCAACACUUCGCUGGUGCCGAUCCUUCCGUCAGGCUUCAUGAUCUCCGGCGACGCCACCAGUUCAUCAUCAUCGUCAGGAGGAAGUCUUCUGACGGUGGCUUUCCAGGUACUGGUUUGCAGCAACUCGGCGAUGAGGCAAUUGAGCGUUGAAACUGUGGCCACCAUCAACUCACUCCUCAGCUCCACUGUAGAGAAGAUUAAGGAUGGCUUGAACUGUGCUGGUCUGGAUUAAUUAGUUGA